UAUAGAAAUUAGAAUAGGAUCUUCAUUUCUGCUUUCUCCAGCCAUAGGCAUAGCCAGAGCCAUGGACUUUAAUGAGUAGGGAGGGUGGCUUGGCUAUAAGGUUCCAGAGGCUUCGUUUUCUGUGAAAGUUUCUUUCGGCAUGUACAUACAAACUAAAGUGGGGCCAUAGUACAAAUCUGAAUCAAACCCACAACCAGAUUCCUCGAACCCAUCACACUAAUGGCUUCGGACCAGACUCUGUUCCACAACAGCCUUCUCGCCUUGUACCUCAUCGGACCACCGACCGCCGUCUCCCUGAGGUUUCUCCAGGCGCCCUACGGGAAGCACAACCGCCCGGGGUGGGGCCCGACCAUGUCGGUUCCGUUGGCGUGGUUCCUCAUGGAAAGUCCCACCCUAUGGCUGACUCUCCUACUCUUCCCCUCCGGUGAUAACUCCUCCAACUACAAGUCUCUCCUUCUCAUCUCCCUCUUCCUCCUCCACUAUCUCAAUCGCACCUGCCUCUACCCAAUUCGCCUUCUCCGGAGUGGGACUCGACGGAAUUCCGCCACCGGUUUCCCGGUGGUUGUGGCGCUCAUGGCAUUCGGGUUCAAUUUGCUCAACUCUUACCUGCAGACCAGAUCUGUGUCUCACUACGUGGAUUACGACAGAGACGAGUGGUUUUGGUGGCGGUUUUUCGGUGGGGCGGUGGUUUUCGUGCUGGGGAUGGCAGUGAAUAUUUGGUCGGAUGGUGUUCUGGUAAAAUUGAAGAUGGCGGGCGGCGGAUAUAAGGUGCCGACGGGAGGGUGGUUUGAGUUGGUGAGUUGCCCUAAUUAUUUGGGAGAGAUUGUGGAGUGGCUGGGCUGGGCGGUGAUGUGCGGGUCAUGGGCUGGGCUAGGGUUUUUUCUUUACACGUGUGCCAAUUUAGUGCCUAGGGCACGUGCGAACCACACGUGGUACUUGAACAAGUUCGGGGAGGAUUAUCCCCGAGAUAGGAAGGCCGUUAUUCCCUUCCUGUAUUAAGUGUCUGUAUCAAAAAUUAAAAUUAAUAAAUAAUCUUAAAUUCUCUUA